AUGGGGCCACAGGGUGGUUUCCUAGGCAGUGGACAGGUCCACGUCAUCCUGUGGGGAAGUUUGGCGGCCCUGACAACGCUCUUGUUCCUCACCUUCCUCAUCUUCCUCUGCUCCAGCUGCAACAGGGAAAAGAAGGCCAGACAGCAGAAUGGAGACCAUGAAAAUCUGAUGAACGUGCCGUCCGAUAAGGAGGUGUUCAGCCACUCGAUCAGCGAUGCCUCUGGUCCCGGCAAAGUUCCGAGCACACGGCCCGGCGGGGCGUGCAGCUCUCCGGAGGUACUCUCAGAGGACAGUACAACUGCCUGUAUCCAGCCUUAUGAAGAAGUACAGACAUCUGUCUCUGAUCUGCUAGAUCAACAGGAUAGUCUUGGAAAGUCCAUAAAAUGUCACCAGAGCCGGGAACUACCCAGUAUUCCCGCUAACAAUACCAUGGAAACCAUCAUCUCCACUAGAAAUGCAGAAAAUGAUCAAGGUCUUGGAAUGGAAGGGCCUUACGAAGUCUUGAAAGACAGCUCCUCUCAGGAGAACAUAGUUGAAGACUGCUUGUAUGAAACUGUGAAGGAAAUUAAAGAAGUUGGAGCAGUAGCCAGCAUGGAAGGGAGCUGUAACACCAAAUCAAGGGCUUCGCUGGUCGUUUCUGAAGGUCAGGAUCAGAUUCCUGAGUGCAGAAUUGAAUCAGCAGAAUAUGCAUCUGUUGACCGAAAUAAAAAAAGUCGCCAAAGUGCUAAUUCAGAAAGCCCUCUGGACAACACACCAGAUGUAGAGGAUGAGCUUCCCCCUCCAGUACCCAUGAAGCUUCUUGAUGAAAAUGAGAAUGUGAAGGAAAAAGAAGUGGAAGAAGAAGUGACAGAAGGAGCCAGUAAGCCAGAGAAGAGGCUUAGUUCAAUGUCUUACAAGUCUCGAGAGGAAGAUCCAUCUCUUACAGAAGAUGAGAUCUCAGCCAUGUACUCGUCCGUGAGUAAGCCGGGACAGGCCAUCAAGGCACUGGAUUCUCCUUACACCUGUAUUCAAGAAAUUGCAUCUCAGAGGUCCCCGUCCGUUUGCAGUGGCCUCUAUGCAAGUGUGAAGGACUUCGAAAACACCCUGAAUACUACCACUGUGCCUCAGUCAGCAGACAGAUCGAACGGGGAGCUGGAGCCUGAUUAUGAAGCUAUCCAGUCAGUGAGCCAAGAAGAGGACAGGACCUUGUCUGUGCCUAACACAAACCACGCUGCUCUUUCAGGAGAGAAUGACUAUGAGAGCAUAGGGGACUUGCAGCACCACAGGGAGUUCACCAGACUGUAACUACUCAGCAUUUAUCUGAUCCACUGGUAUGUUCAAAGGAACAUGCGAAGCGUGGAGAGGGGAGUCCUU